GGCGCCCCGCGGGCCAUGCGCCUCCUGGCCACGGCGCUGGCCGCCCUGCUGGCCACGGCCCCGGCCCCAGAUGUGUGUGAGGCUUUAAAUGUGACAGUCUUUCCGGGACCAACAGUGCGGUACUCGGAGGGAGAAAAUGCCACCCUUUACUGCCACAUUUCCCAAAAGAGAAAGACAGACAAUUUGCUGGCUGUGCGGUGGGUCUUUGCUGCAUCACCUACCCAGGAGUAUCUGAUGAUCAAAAUGACAAAGUUUGGGUCUGUUCAGUAUUAUGGAAAUUAUACUCAUCAUUUCCACAAGCAAAGACUUCAUCUUCUUAAAGAGAAACAUGGAACUAUGUACAAAUUUCUUAUUCUAAGCCUUCAGUCAACAGAUCAAGGACAUUAUAUAUGCAAAGUCCAGGAAAUUGGCAAACACAGGAAUAAGUGGACAGCAUGGUCAAAUGGCACAGCAGCUACUGAAAUAAGAGUGAUUUCAUCAAUAUCCUCUGAUGAUUCCACUUUAAGGAAAAACCAUGAAGCUUGGAAGUUUUUUGAAGAUUUGUAUGUGUAUGCAGUCUUUGUGUGUUCAGUAGGAAUCAUCAGUGUCCUCCUUUUUACACUUGUCAUUCUCUGUCAGUCUCUCCUGAACAAGAGGAGAUCCACAGUGAAGCAUUACCUGGUGAAAUGCCCCCAGAACAGCUCAGGGGAGACAGUUACCAGUGUGACAAGCAUGUCCCCUCUACAGCCCAAGAAAGUAAAGAAAAAGAAAGAGAAAACGGAGCAGCCACCAGCCAUCCCAGCAAAAGCUCCGAUAGCCAAUAAUUUUCCUAAGCCCAAGCUCCUGAAACCUCAAAGAAAAUUGAUCCUGGCUUAAACUUGAGGACAUCAGGUAAAACACAGAACCCAAGGAGAUAAAAGAAAAAAUUCUCCAGUUUUUAACUCCCACACAGCCUUAGCACUUCAUCAUUCUCUUGGGAACACAGACUUUAAUCUUCUACAGAUGAACCGAAAUCAAUUUCAAGUACUAGGGUCCCAUGUAUAAUUGAACAGAAGCUUUUGUUUGUUGCUAUAUUUUCUGACAUGAAUUUGGUAUGAGCAACCCAAUCCCAACUGAUGAGCCAACACACACAAAGGAAUACAAGAAGAGACUUUCCUCCUCAAAGCCACCUUGCUGAGUCUGAAUGAAGUCCCUAAUAGCAGUAAGCAGCUUUUGUCAACCAUAUGGAAUUUGUUAAGUAAAUUUUCUUAAUACCUUCUCUCCUAGCUAAGUUUUAUAGUUUUAAGUCUAAUGCUCAACCUGUGUAAUACAUCAGACAGCUUUGGCACUAUGGCUUUUCUUCUAGGCUCUGAACUCAUCUAUAGCAUGGCAAAAGUGAUGAAAUCCCAUUGGAAUGACAGCAACAAUUCUAUCAAUUUUUGCUGCCUUCUGCAUAUUUUUAACACACUUUUUUGUUCUAUUAAGAAGCAUAAAGAGAGAUAUUUAGAUUUGCUGUUAUUAGAUAUGUAACUGGCUCAAGGUUUACAGCUGGGCAGCAAAUCUGGCAUAUAUAUUUCAAAUUAUGAAAUCUGAAAUAACUAAAAUUUAAUUGGGAAAUUUAGUAUUAAAGAAGCUGAACAUCUUGCUAACACACAUCUUUCAAAGUUGAAACAUUUGAAUUUUCAAACUGAAGUGUUGUUUGAGAAACAAGGAGAAAAUGGAAAUUAACCUGAAAAUCCUACUACUUCCAAUUUCGUAUUUUUAAUAUUAUUUUUAUUUCAUCUUCUAUGAACUAACUCUAGUGCAGAGUAAACUGAUUAACAGCAUAGUGGAAUUACCAUGUGUGAGAGAAGAAAUAUAGCCCAUUCUAUAGAAUAUUUCGGGCAUGUUGUACAUUCAGCAUAACAACAUUCUAACUGUAACUUCUUGGUUCUGUUUCCUAGCCAAAAAUUGCAGAGGAGAAUUUAACAUAUGCUGAACUUGAA